UACUGCAAUCACGUGACGCCUUCCGGGUGAGCCAAGGCAUAGUCCAGUUCCCGCAGCCUUAAGGAGGGGCCCGCCGUGCCCACACCCAGCCAGACUCGACCAUGCUGUCCCGCCUGCUCAAAGAACACCAAGCCAAGCAGAACGAACGCAAGGAGCUGCAGGAGAAGAGGAGGAGAGAAGCUAUCGCUGCAGCGACCUGCCUGACCGAAGCGUUGGUGGAUCAUCUCAACGUGGGUGUGGCCCAGGCCUACAUGAACCAGAGAAAGCUGGACCAUGAGGUGAAGACCCUACAGGUCCAGGCUGCCCAGUUUGCCAAGCAGACAGGCCAAUGGAUUGGAAUGGUGGAGAACUUCAACCAGGCACUUAAGGAAAUUGGGGAUGUGGAGAACUGGGCUCGGAGCAUCGAGCUGGACAUGCGCACCAUUGCGACCGCGCUGGAAUACGUCUACAAAGGGCAGCUGCAGUCUGCACCAUCCUAGACUAAAACCCACCCUUCUUACUUCACCCUCCUGGACAGGAGGGAGACUGGUGAGCCAUGAAUAAAAACACAAGCUUCCAUUCUG